GGAGAGAGAAUAUAUAUUUGAAUACUCUAACCUGACAUUCUUUUGUCCUUAAGCUUCUUUCUUUGAGAAGAUUUUCUUGGUACACAAACUAUCUCACUCUCAAAGGGAAAGUGGGGUAAUUGACAAAAAUACGAGUAUUGGCUUGCAACAAUCGCAGUUGGCUCAAGAGCUCCUUCUACCAAUUGUUCUCGAAAGUAAGCUAAGCUAAGCUGACGCUGCAACCUUUCUCCUCUCCUCUCCCUCCUCUCUUCCAUCUCCCUCUCUUUCCUUCUCACCCUUAUCUUUCUUUCAACCUCACAAAUACACAUUAUAUUCUUCUAAUUUAUCAUAUAUCCGCUAUUGGAAAUAUAUUUAAUCCCCAGCGUUUGUACAUUCUCUUCCAGCUCUAUUGCUGUAAGCUCUAAAAUUACAAUGUAAGUGGUCAAGCAAGUCCUGCUACGCAUCGAGGCUCCAUGCAUAGUAGCAGCUCAUGCAUGCGUCCCUUCCAAUUGCUAGCAAACACCUAGCUACCAUAUGAUCUUUUCCCAAUCUGAACUUCUACUGCAGUAAAGCAACCCCUCACCUAUUAAAAAUCGCCUGGCCUACUUAUCUCACUCCACCUCAACAACAAAACCUACCGUCGGUCCCAUCUCAAUUUUUACCACAAUUCAUCAGUUUAUCGCUCAAAGAAUUUGAUACACUAUCAAGAGUUGAAAAUUAGCUUUAUCCCAUCAACUGUCAGUAUUCCUCUCCAUAGUUAGAUAUUCCAGCUAUCGAUUGCUCAAUUUCCAAAGAGUAUGCUUCAACUUUAUUUCAUUACCCUCUAUGAAUGCCAACCAUGGAUGACUUGCCUGCCUCCUCGUGGCACAAUUAUCUCCCGCUAGAUUACAGUUUCAGCUUGAAGAUUGUACCUGAUCGACAGCUACUCAUCGUUCUCAACCACAUUUUCAUUACCUUCUUUUAGCAAUGGCAAUCCAUCACCUUCCAUUGUCUGACUGUCAUAAGACAUCAUAUUGUUUCGCACUUUUGGGUUGUGUUCGAUAAAACAUCGCGUUUCUUUGACUUACAAAGCAACUCCGUUUUACUAGCCAAGUGGCACAUGCUUCCUACAACCGACAUCUUUCUACUAAUAUCGUAUUCUUCUACUCCCUAAUUCUCAGACUAGAUCAACUCAUUUUCAUGACCGUCUACGCUUCGUCCUUUUAGUUUGCUUUCUAACAUUCAUUCUCAGAUACACUCGACAAGCAUUUUUUUUGGAGCACCCUCAUUAGCCCUUUCCAUGUCUUUUGAUCCAGCAGCACGCGGACGUGGCCGUGGUGGUCGUGGUGGCGGAGAUCGUGGUGGCCGUGGUGGUGGAGAUCGUGGUGGCCGUGGUGGUGGAGAUCGGGGUGGAAGGGGAGGUGGAGAUCGUGGUGGAAGGGGAGGUGGAGAUCGUGGUGGAAGGGGAGGUGGUUAUGGUAGCUCAGACCGUGGUGGAAGAGGGGGCGGUUAUGGCAGCGGAGAUCGAGGUGGGGACGGGGCUACGGUGGCGGGGAUCGUGGUGGCCGGGGAGGAGGUGGACGUGGUCGUGGCGGUCCAGUAGUCGUCUUCAAGUAAGGAUUUCACUUCACUAUUUUUGGUGUUGAUCUAAUGAACUCUCCAGAGACCCCAACUACCCUGCGGAGGCCCCUGAUGCGAAUGUCGCCAAGAUGGAAAAUGACUACCAUCAGAGCUUGUCGGGAAUCGGUGCUCUUAGUAAGAUGUCCCUCAGCCAGAGAUAUCCUGCUCGUCCGGGGUACGGGACUAGUGGCCGAGAGAUCCAGCUUUUUACCAAUUCAUUCUCGUUGAAUACCAGACCCAACUUCACUUUAGGUCGAUAUAUGGUAGAUAUAUCGCCAAACAUGGAUGCUGCCAAAAAGAAACGAACCCAGCUUUUUAGGCUCGUGCUCGACUUGCCUGAGUUUGCAAACAUUCCUAUUGCCACGGAUUACGCUUCAAUGCUUAUUACACCAAAUAAGCUGCCUUUCACAGAUGAGCGUAUUUUCGAUAUCCCUUGGCGAAACGAAGGGGAGGACGAUCCACUUCCAAAUGCCCAAGUUUACCACAUUCGGAUCAGCUCCCCGACCUCUUUCAACAUCUCCGAUUUCGUUAAGUUUUUAUCCAAGAAUCCUGCGACUGAUGUAUCAGAGAAGCAAAAAGAGGAGACUAUCCAAGCCAUGAAUACGCUUCUCGGAUUUUAUGCAAAGACUGAUAAAGGAACUGUUUCCAUUGCCGGUAACAGACACUUCUCCACGGCCCGGAAGGGCAACGAGCAUAAUUUUACGGCCCUCAGUAUGGGACUGGAGGCUAUACGCGGCUUCUAUCAGAGUGUUAGACCAGCCACUGGUCGACUAUUGUUGAACGUAAACGUCACUCACUCCGUCUUUCUUGAGCCUGGAUCUCUGGUUUAUUUAUUCCAGAAACUUGGCCAUGGUCAUGGUGUCGUGGAUAAGAUUAAAAGGAAGCGUGUUGAAGUGAAUCACUUACCUGCAAAAAAGUCUAAGAACGGUGCGACCAUUCCGCGGGAGAGAUCCAUUUGGGACUUGGCUCGCCCAGGUGACGGUAGCACGGAGGAACACCCUCCACAGAUUGCAAGGUAUGGCGCUGGACCAAAAGACGUCAAGUUUUACAUUUCUGCUGAAGCACCAUCAACGAAAGGCGGGGCUCCACCUAAGGCCGGAUCAAAAAAAGCUUCUGCGCCGGCCCUUAAAGUCAAUAUGUACAUCUCAGUAUUUGAUUAUUUCAAAAAAAAAUAUCCGAGUUUUAAGUUGAACCAAGACUUUCCGGUGGUCAACGUUGGCAGCAACCUUAAACCAUCUUAUCUGCCUGCGGAGGUCUGCAAUAUAAAACCAGGUCAGGUUGUUAAAAAGGCUCUACUGGGGGAUCAAACUCGAAUGAUGUUAGAUUUUGCAAACAGAAGGCCCGAGCCCAAUGCUAUGUCCAUUAUCACAUCUGGAAAACAGGUCUUGGGACUAAAUGCUAAGGACAAUCCCCUUUUAGCUCAAUUCGGAGUUCAGGUUGGUAACAGUCUGAUAACCGUUCAAGGCCGUGUGCUACCGCCACCCGCAAUCAACUACAAGAACAAACAACUUCGCCCAAUGACGACGAUGCCUAGGGAUGGUUCUUGGAAUAUGAGAGACACGCGCUUUCAUACUUGUGGAGAUUUGGGCCCGUGGACUUACAUGAUAGUUGAAUCUACAAGCCGUGCUAGUGCUAGAGUGGACCAGCACGCUGUGGCAGAAACAGUAGAUCAAUUCCGGAGACACCUUCAUGGUGCAGGUAUAGGUGUUCAAGGUUACAUGAAUAUGCCAGCACCUUCUGUCAUGCACCAAGAGGGAAAUGAGACGGCUACCUCUAACAAUGUUUCGAGUGCCUUCACAAUGAUGACUACAUCCAAAAUCCGUCCAAAGCCCAAGUUUGUUCUCUGUAUCCUUCCGGUCAACGAUGUGAUGCUUUAUAACACGAUAAAGAGACAUGCAGAUACCAGAGCUGGUAUACAUACAGUCUGCGUACAAUACUCGAAGUUUGUAAAGGGAGACUUACAAUAUUUUGGCAAUGUUGCGUUGAAGUUCAAUCUCAAGGCGGGUGGUAUUAAUCAGACAAUCGACAAACUCGGCGUUAUCAAUGAAGGGAAGACGAUGGUUGUCGGCAUUGAUGUUACACAUCCAUCCCCUGGAUCGAAAGAGACAGCCCCUAGUGUUGCUGCCAUGGUAACAAGUACUGAUAAACUAUUGGGCCAAUGGUCAGGUAUUUGUCGCUUGCAGAACCAAGCCCGACAAGAGAUGGUGUCAGAUCUUGAAUCAAUGUUCAUGAGGCUCUUAGAUAUCUGGAGCAAGAAAAACAAAGCAUGGCCUGAAAACAUCCUAAUUUACAGAGAUGGUGUUUCGGAAGGGCAAUACAACAUUUUGCUCGACCAAGAAUUACCGAAGAUUAGGAAUGCUUGUCGUCAAAAGUACCCAGCUGAUUUGACCAAGAAAAACCUCCCGAGAAUCUCGAUCAUAGUUUGUGGUAAACGUCAUCACACACGAUUCUAUCCAAAGGAUGCCGAAAGUGCUGACUCUAAAUCAAACUGUCCUGCUGGAACCGUCGUCGACCGCGGGGUUACCGAAUCUCGCAACUGGGACUUUUUCCUCCAACCUCAUCAAUGUCUGAUGGGAACAGCUAGGCCUUGUCACUAUUUUGUCAUCCUAGACGAAAUAUUUAAAGCCCAGAAGGUGAAGGGUUCUCAUCAGAGCUCAGCCGAUUCUCUUGAGGAGUUAACGCAUAACAUGUGCCAUCUUUUCGGGCGAGCAACCAAGGCUGUCAGUCUGUGCCCACCUGCAUACUAUGCGGACUUGUUGUGCACGCGCAUGAGAGCGUACCUUGCAGAUCAAUAUGACCCUCCGACAGGUAAUACUACACCGCAACCAGGAGCGGGACCAGCCCUGGGUGUAGGCCAAGAUCGAGUCACAAUACAAGCUGACAUUGCAGAGUCAAUGUUCUGGAUCUAAGCAUCACGAAAUGUUCCCGGUCAAAACACCUGUAUCUCUGCCUUAACAACCUGGUCAUACCUUCCGCAUACCGUGUUAUUCCUCAUCUGAUCUCAGCACGCAGACGCGAAUUCCUAUCCCUCCAUUUGUCCAGGCAUUUUUCAGUUGUGGCGGUUUAUCGAGAGCAAAAGAUCGUUUCCUUUCUUUUUUUUAACUCAUUUGAGAAUCACAGCAGUUUUUAUUCACGCAUCCGUGAAUUGCAGCAAAUUUCUUGGUUUUAUCUUUAUCUUUCCAACUUUGAUUGCUAUAGCUUUAGCUUAGAAAAGUUCAUUUAUUUAGGAGUAAAGUACAAAUUCAUUUC